GUUUUUCAGUAAACCUACGGGUCCAUGUAGCUUCUGCAGAUACGGUGAGCGAGUGGGGAAAGUUUACCGGUGUGAGAAGAACGGAGGUUGUGUAUGAUAGAAAAAAUUGUAAAGGUAUUUGAAGUGUACCGCAGAGCAAGGAAUGAGUGAAAUCAAGAAUCGUGAUAGAAUACUGGAAGCGAUUGAUCAGCUGCGUCACCGAAAAGCACGUCCAGACGCUGAAAGAAUAUGUAACUUUGUACUGCGGCGAUUUGGCGUUGGUGGUCAAGAUACUAUAGCGGACCUAGAACGCCUUGUCGAAGAAGAUAUUGUAGUUAAAGUUGAGUAUAAGGGAAAUAUAAGUUACAGAAACGCAGCGAAAUGGUCUAGGUACGCUAUGUAUAAUAAAAACAGGGAAGAAGGGUUUGCGGGAACUAUUUAUGGAUCAUUAAAUUCCGAAGGAACUAGUAGCUUGCUCAGUAGUGCCGUCGCAGAAUUAAUAAUACACGAACCAGAUUAUUUGGAUUUUGGUGUACCUGGACACGAACUGGAAAAGUAUAUGCAAGAAAAAGAUAGCAUUCGUUUUAGUAAAAGAUAUUUGGAAGUUAUAUUGCAGCGUGAACUUAAUUCUGGCAACAUAGUGAAACUCGAGAACGGGAAUUAUUCCUUGGCUGAUCACCCGGUACCGUCUAAUCCAAAUGUAAAUAAUAAUUCUGAUAAUAACGAGACAAUUAAAAUGAUGAAAAUAGAUUCGCCUAAUUCUUCACAAAUUUCAGAAGAGGAACAAAAUGUACCUAGGAGCCAAUUGAAUGGCAUCAUAAAUGAAACGUCUCCAACAGAAACAGAUGUUAAUAAUAAGAAUGACGACGAUGUAUAUGACGCAAAGAAAGAUACCUCUGAGACAAAUGUGUCCUCAUCCGUUUCUACAGAAGGAUUUCGUGACGGAGCCAAACGUAAGCGUUCGAAGAAAGUUUUCUUUGAUCCAUCUGAUAUUCAUAUUCCAACUCGAAAGCGUGGACGUCCUGUGGGUGCGACAAGUAAAAAUAAAGAUAAAGAUCUAAUGAAGACUAGUAGCGCUUCUGCCAAACUGGAAGUUGACAGAGGUACUUGUUACAUAUGCGUGAAUCAAGGUCAAGAUCGCCGCGGACAGUUUGAAAAAUUAAUUUCGUGCAAAGAUUGCAUCAAUAAAGUUCAUCCAAGCUGUAUAGAUUCAGGGACUGGAGCUAACUCUUCCCAUUGGCAGUGUGUCCAGUGUAAAACCUGUGUUGUUUGCACUGAAACCAUAGACAAGGGAGUAAUGGUGGUGUGCUGUGGCUGUGGUGACAAUUAUCAUCUGUCCUGUCAUGAUCCAAAACUUUCUGAUGGAACAAGGAGCAAUGAAUUUGUGUGUUCACGAUGUAUGCCUUCACCCACAACACCAAAUUAUGGUAUGGCAGGUGAAGUUGCCCUGGUGAUGGAAGCAGCAAGCACCUUUGAAGCGUCGGUAAAAUUCUACCAGACUGCAUGUAACAAUAACUUAAAAGUGGAUGCUCAAGUUGAUGACGGGAUCCCAGAUGUUUCUGGUUGGAGCAUUGAACAAGUGUCAAAAUAUCUUGAGGAGCAAGGUUAUCCAGUACAAGCAGCUGUAUUUAGAGACCACGAUAUUGAUGGAGCCUCACUACUUCUCAUGAAAAGAAGCGAUGUGUUAAUCGGAUUGCAUUUGAAGCUGGGCCCAGCACUGAAAAUAUACGGUCAAGUGAAGAAACUUCAGAUUCGGCAGAGUGAUCCCAUGUUACUCUGGCCUUGAAGGUGAACAUGUUUUGCACAAAUAAUUAUGUAUUUAUUAAUUCCUGUGUUGAUACACCAAAGACGUGCAUCUUUUAGUCUCCAAAUGUGCAAUAUUUUUGAAUGACUUUAUGUAAAAUAGGACACUGUGUUAUGAAAUACUGUGAGAGAUGGUGAGAAAUUAGAGAGAGAAACAUAAUUUGUGAGACUUGUAUUUAUAUUUUAUAGAAACUUUUUUUGUUAUAAGUGCAGAAGGAAUUAGAGGAAAAUGUAUUAUAAGCAUAUACAUUAGAAUCUGCUUAAACUGUUUCCACAUCCAUUGAUACUGAGGGUUCUUUUCCCCUCCCCAUUCUAUUAUGAAUGAAACUUGCUGGUCGCAGUGGCCAUGCAGUCUGAGGCAUAGACCUUGUGCGCUUGGGCACUGGGACCAUGGGUUUGACU